GCAGUUAACUGUUGCUAUCAACUAAUCAAAGGAAGAAGCGUUAGUCAUUUUGUCUUUGGGAGUUCAAAGAGGAAGUUCUACUAUCAUCUAUCAGGUGAGAUGAACAUGGUCAUGCAAAACUUAACUGAGAGACUAAGACCCCUUGUGGGUUUGAACGGUUGGGACUACUGUGUCUGCUGGAGAUUGAGUGAAGACCAAAGGUUUCUUGAGUGGCUGGGGUGCUGUUGUGCUGGCACUGAUCAAAACAAUCAAAAUGCUGGGGAAGAACAUCUUUUCCCUAUCUCUUCUUCAGUGGCUUCAUGCAGGGACACCAUUUUUCCACACCCAAGAACAAAGCCCUGUGAUCUUCUUUCCCAACUCACCACUUCCAUACCCAUAGAUUCUGGGAUUCAUGCACAGACCUUAUUAACAAACCAACCCAAUUGGGUGAACUAUUCCAAUAACUUGGAUUCUAACAUUUUGGAAGAAACAAUUGGGACCCAGGUUUUGAUUCCGGUGCCGGGUGGACUAGUUGAGCUGUUUGUAACUAAACAAGUGCCUGAGGAUCAUCAUGUAAUAGAUUUUAUCACAACCCAGUGCAUUGUCUUGGUGGAGCAGGAAGCGGUGAACCACUCAAUGAGCUUCAAUAUUGACGUGAAUUCAAUGAGCAACAUGCAAUCAAAUGCACUUCUAGGCGAUGAAAAUGAAGGGAAUAACAGGAACAAUCAUUUCCAGACCCCAAUUUCUCACACAACAGCAUCAGAGACUUUGAGUCUACCACAUGAUGUAUCUAUGGACCGCAUUGGUCUCUGUAGUUCUCCACUGAACUUCAUGCAGCAGUUCAAUUACAACCAGCAGAACAGAAUGAAAAACGAUGUAUUUUCUGAAGAAUACCAAGGUUCCUUCCUUCAUGACAAGCAAAGUAACCAACUCAAAUCCUCUGCAGAAGAGGAGCAUGAUGCGUAUCAGAAAUGCAUGAUUACAGAUUCCCAAUAUAUGGAGCCUUUGGACACCAAGGAGAAGCAAGGACACGACAAGGACUUGCUGAGACACGUUGUUGGUCGAUCAGAUUCAAUGUCAGAUUGCAGUGAUCAGAAUGAAGAAGAGGAUGAUGGAAAGUAUAGGAGAAGGAAUGGGAAAGGAAACCAGUCCAAAAACCUUGUAGCAGAGAGGAAGAGAAGGAAGAAGCUCAAUGACAGGUUAUAUAACCUUCGUUCUUUGGUUCCAAGAAUCUCUAAGCUGGAUAGGGCUUCCAUUCUCGGGGAUGCCAUUGAGUUUGUAAAAGAUUUGCAGAAGCAAGUGAAAGAGCUCCAAGAUGAGCUUGAGGAAAAUUCAGACACAGGAGCUGAAAGCAACUGCAUCAAUGGAAAUAAUCAAUACGUGGUGGGUGUUCAACCAGAUAUUGUUAGACAGAUUAAUGGAGGUGAACUUGGGCCAAAAGCUGAACAUGAAAAGACCCAAACUGGGUUUCAUGUGGGGACAUCAGGGAAUGGAUUUAUGUCAAAACAGAAACAGGAAAUUGAUGCUAUUGCCAUUGAGAAGCAGACUCAGCAGAUGGAGCCACAAGUUGAAGUGGCUCUAAUAGACGGGAAUGAGUAUUUUGUGAAGGUGUUCUGUGAGCAUAGGGCUGGUGGGUUUGUGAAAUUGAUGGAGGCAUUGAAUACUUUGGGCAUGGAUGUAGUACAUGCCACUGUAACCAGCCACAAGGGCCUCGUGUCAAAUGUUUUUAAAGUUGAGAAAAAGGACAGUGAAAUGGUUGAGGGCGCUGAAGAUCUAAGAGACUCACUAAUUGAGCUUACGCGGAACCGACCUAGAGAGUGGACUCAUGAGAUGACAGCAACAUCAGAAAAUGGUGUGGGCAGGGAUCAACAUCUCCUCCACAACCACCAAAUGGGUGGCUAUCACCCUCACCAGUUUCAUAGUUAA